AUGAAUUCUGCUAAACAAAGUAAGUUGCAAGAAAAGACUUCGGAUGCGGAUGUCAUUUGCAAAUCGGAAAUAGAAGAUGAAUCAGAUUAUGAUGAGAAUGAUAGUGAUGAUGAUGAUGUUCCAGAAGAUCUUGAAAUUAGUGAUCACAAUUCAGAGACUGAAAAAAGCGAGUCAGAAGAUUAG